GACAACCAAGCACGUCCGACAAACCAUGCCAAUCAACACGCGGGAACUACUGAGCGCGGUGGCCAUCCUCACCGACAAACAGUCGAUGCGCGUUACGCUGAAGAGUAGCGCCAAGGGUGCGACGGUUGCCGGAUCGUCCACCUUUCUGGGUGGUUUGCUAGCCGGACCAAUCGGUCUGCUCAUUGGUGGUACGCUCGGUGGGCUGAUCGCGUACGCUAUGACGAACAAUCAAUUCAAACCGGUAAGCCACAUCAUACAGCACGAACUGACGGUACAGGAGCAGGAACAGCUUAAGCAGCGCAUAGUCGAUGCCCUGUCCCAGUUCCAGCCAACGGAUCUGAUGGUCAUUUUACCCUUGCUAACGGGGAACAUUGCCGCCCAGCAAACGGUCAUUUCGACCGUCGUGGCGUUCUUAACGAACGAAAUGCGUAUGCAAAUCGUUGACUGA